GUCAGCCUGAAGCUAACCUGGAAAGCAAGCGUUAGGGCCUCUCCGCCAGCUCCUCCCUCCUCUAUAUAAAACCCUCAAAAAUCCCAGACGCCCGCUCCCCCUCUCUCUCUCUCUCUUUCUCUCCGCGCAACAGACAGGGACUUACAUCUGAAAGACGAACAAAUGGCUUUGCCGAAUCAACAGACCGUAGAUUAUCCGAGCUUCAAGCUUGUGAUUGUUGGCGAUGGUGGAACCGGAAAAACAACGUUUGUGAAAAGGCAUCUCACUGGGGAGUUUGAGAAGAAAUAUGAACCGACCAUUGGUGUGGAAGUCCAUCCAUUGGACUUUUUCACCAACUGUGGGAAAAUUCGUUUCUACUGUUGGGACACGGCCGGGCAAGAGAAGUUCGGCGGCCUUAGAGAUGGUUAUUACAUCCAUGGGCAAUGUGCAAUUAUCAUGUUUGAUGUUACUGCUCGGUUGACAUACAAGAAUGUUCCAACAUGGCACCGCGACCUUUGCCGUGUGUGUGAAAACAUCCCAAUUGUUCUUUGCGGAAACAAGGUUGAUGUGAAGAACAGGCAGGUGAAGGCAAAGCAGGUUACUUUCCACCGGAAGAAGAAUUUGCAGUAUUAUGAGAUAUCGGCCAAGAGCAAUUAUAACUUUGAGAAGCCCUUCUUAUACCUUGCCAGAAAACUUGCAGGGGAUCCUAAUCUGCAUUUUGUCGAAACUCCUGCCCUGGCUCCUCCAGAAGUGCAAAUUGACUUGGCUGCACAGCAACAGCACGAGGCCGAGCUUGCUGCUGCUGCUAGUCAGCUUCCAGAUGACGAUGAUGACGCCUUUGAGUAAAUUGGGUGAUUCUUCUUGUCGCCAGGCUUUCUUACCAAGAUUUGCAAGUCCAUCGGCCAUUUAUUUUCUUUUCCCUUACCCCCCAACCCCAUAAUUGCUGGCAUUUGUGAAGGUCGAGAAUAUAUUUUUGGUUGUACAAUCUUGAGGACGUGGAGCUGUACCAGUGUGUUGCUUUGUUUUGGUUUUUAUGCCUUUAGGCGCUACAUUUAUAUAUAUUCACUUGGCAAUUACAUAUUUUU